UUAGAAGAAGCCACGUGCUCCAUCUGCCUGGAGUGUCUGACGGAGCCAGUGACCAUAGACUGUGGGCACAACUUCUGCCGCGCCUGCAUCACCCAGUACAGUGAGCGAAGGAAGCGUCAAUCAGGCACAAAGUUCCCCUGUCCUGAGUGCCGAGCGCUGUUCCAGAAAGGGAAUUUCAGGCCCAACAGGCAGCUGGCCAAUAUCAUAGAGAGCAUCAAACCACUGAGGUUACAGCCUGGGCAAGCGCAGAAUGAGAAUCUGUGUGAGACGCACAAGGAAAAACUCCAACUCCUCUGUCAGGAGGACGGAAAAGCCACCUGUGUGGUCCCCAUAGAGGAAGUUGGCCAGGGUUAUAAGGUGAAACUCCAGGAAACCCUGGGCCCUCUGAGGCAGGAGCUGGAGGAGGCCCUGACGCUGGUGUCUGAAGAGGAAAAGAAAAUCAGGGAGUGGCAGGGCAAAGUGGAGAAUCGGAGACAGUCGAUCACACGUGAAUUUAAGACGCUGCACCAGCUUCUGAGUGAGGAAGAGCAGCUGCUCCUGCGGAGGCUGGCGGAGGAGGAGAGGGAGACUCUGCAGAGACUACAGGACAAUAUCACAAAGCUCUCGGAGCAGAGUGCUGCACUGAUCAAUCGCAUCACAGAGCUAGAGGAGAAGUGUCAGCAACCGGCCGCUGAGCUACUGCAGGGUGUGAAAAGCACAUUGAUCAGGAGUGAGCAUGUGAAACUCCAGCCACCAGAAGCCGUUUCUCCUGCGCUGAAGACCGGGUAUAAAAUCUGCCUUGACAUGAGGGAAAUGCUGAAGAGAUUCACCCUGGACGUGACUCUGGAUCCAGACACGGCUCAUCCCAACCUUGUUCUGUCUCAGGAUAGGAAACAUGUGAGGCACAAAACCAAACGACAGAAUCUGCCCAAUAACCCUGAGAGAUUUGAUCCCUGUGUCUUUGUCCUGGGCGCUGAGGGAUUCACGGGCGGGAGGCAUUACUGGGAGGUGGAGGUGGGAGACAAGACUAGGUGGAUCCUGGGGGUUUGUAAGGAGUCUGUGAGCAGGAAGAGUCCAGAUCACCUGUCACCUAAAAACGGAUACUGGACUGUGUGUCUGAGGGAUGGGGAAUACGAGGCCCUCACCUUCCCCGCAGCCCCCCUCCACGUGGGCAUCAGGCCCUGCCAGGUGGGGAUUUUCCUGGACUAUAAGGCAGGUGAAGUCUCCUUUUACAAUGUGACUGACAGGUCCCAUCUCUUCACUUUCACUGACACCUUCUCCGGGACAGUCCGCCCUUUCUUCAGUCCCUGUGCCAACGCUGGAGGUAAAAACGCAGCUCCCCUGAUACUCUGCUCAGUCCCAGCUCAGGCCAGAGGGAAUCUUGGUCCCUGAAGGUGACACCUAAGCUGGCCACUCACACAUUGCUGGAAAACCAGACUUCCCGACCCUUCUGGAACAGCGUGACCCUGCCUCCACAGGUGUGAUGAUGGAAAGGUCAUCGCCUUCCCCCACUUCCCACCUUCCCGACACCUCCCGA